AACAGCCUGCUGAGGAGCUGCGAUUUGUGCUCUUGGGCUUGUUUUUCUGAGAGGAGAGAGUGAAACUUCCAUCUUCAGCCCCGAAGGAGUUUUUCCCUGGGGUACUGCAAAAAGGCUUCUUUUCCCUUCAGUUUAACAGUAUCAGCCUGAGUCAGAACCAUGGCUCCAAAAUCCCAACAAAGAGGGAACUCAGGAGGCCAAAAACGGUCAAAACGUGUCAAAACUAAGGAAGAAUUUCGUGUUAAUGAAGAAGUGGAACCUGUAAAUAUGGAGAACAUGGGUCAUCCAGAAAUUUAUCCUAUAGUGUUAACUACAAAGACCCAAGAAAUAUUUAACUGCCGAGUAGAUGAAGACUUCACAGAUGAAGAACCUUAUAAACUUAUCAAAAAACAAGAUAUUUUGGCAGACUUUCACAACAGAGCUGCAGUAUCUGAUUUCUACCCAGUCAAAAAAAUUGUUCAGGAAUAUCCUGGAGAUGAGCUUCUGAUUGUUUGUGACAAAGACUUCAAAUAUGGACUUAACUUUUACCUUAUUGGAACUGAAGAGGGCAAGGAAAACUAUUUAAAUCCCCCAGAAGUACCAGAAGAACAAGAAGAAUAUAAAGAAUUUAAAGACUAUUCUCCCGAAGACAUUUCUGUUUAUAAGCCACCUAUCUCUAAACCAUGGGUUUCUUUGGGCAGUGAAAAAGAAGUUGAGGAAGAAUCAGUUAAGGAAUCUACAAAGCAGAUUACAUAUAUGAUUUCUCGAAAACGAAGUCAAUUUGGUGCACCAAUCAAGUUCAGUGACCAGAAUGCUUCCAGUAUAAAAGAUGCCUAUAUCGAAUGUACAGCCUACCCAGAUAAAAAUUUUACCCUUAAGGUACUUGAGAAAGAUGUUGGCAUGCAAGUAGUCCCCCAUAUCAAGGACACAAGUACUCAGACAAAAUGGACAUAUCCCAAAAAUGCUGCUACACAAUAUUAUCCAAGGGAAUUUUCAGAAGAAGAAAAAGAAAUACUAGGACAAUCAAAGCCUUUAACUGAUUUUCUUAACAACGCAUCCAUAAGUGUUGAAAUAGCUCUGCAACAAAAUGAAAUCAUGAACACAUUUGUUGAUGACUGGAAAUGCUUGGCAGAAGAAGAAAGCUCCUUUGGGGACAAGACCGAUACCCACCUAAAGGAGUACCAGUCCUUUACCGACCUUCAUAGCCUAACAGAGAAAAUGAUCACCUGCGUCUCAUGGCAUCCCGAUAUCUAUGGGCUAAUAGCUGUGUCGGUGGCCGUGCGACUCUCCUUUGAAGAAAGAGUCCAUUUUUCUGGUAAAUUAUUGCUGCAACCAUCACUAAUUCUUUUCUGGAGUUUCUCCGAUCCCAUACAUCCUCAGUUAAUGCUGGAGAGCCCAGAUGACAUCUUCUGCUUCAAGUUCUGUCCGACUAACUCCAAUAUCAUUGCUGGAGGCUGCAUAAAUGGGCAAAUUGUCAUGUGGGAUAUUACCGCACACGCAGAACGCAUAGAAAACAUUAAGACGGGUGGUAGUAGAAGUAAAAAAGCCACACUCAAGCCCAUGUUUCUCCUUGAACCAGACAGUAAUAAAGAAGCAAUGUAUAUCAGACACAGUGCAGUCUCUUCAAUAGAAAGUGGACAUAAGAAAGUGAUUACAGAUAUACAUUGGCUGUCUGACACAUUUGAGAUUAACAGAAUGGGCUCCGUCUUUGAGAACAGAAGUGAGAUAUGCUGUCAACUUGUUACCUGUUCAGCAGAUUGCACAAUAUGUUUUUGGGAUAUCAGACCACAGAAAGCUUCAACUCCCCAACCAGUAGAGAAAAAGAAAGAAGAAAGUAUUGAAAUUCCUCUUGAUAUACCAUCUACUUUUUUGCAUCUAGAUCUCUCUUGGAAACCUCUCUCUAAGAUAAGGCUGUCUAAAGGUGAAACAAGUUUAGACCACUGCCCAAUCAAGAUAAGCCUGAGUGAAGACCAUCUCCUUCACAAAGCACAAGACAAAGUGUUAGCUCAGAACAAAGUCGUAAAGGCAGAAGAGAUGAACCCAUACCACAACCUGGAGAGUGGGUUGGCCAAUCUUCUCAAGCCAAUAGAGGACUUCUGCACAAAGUUCUUUGUGGGAACAGAGGAAGGUGAAGUGAUAUACACAGAUUGGAAGAUGGAAAGAGACCCUGACACGGGCCGAUUGAUGGCAAAGAAGCCGGUGAACCUCUACACUGUCCAUGAUGGUGCCGUCCAUACUGUUCAGAGGUCACCUUUUUACAACGACAUUAUCCUCACCAUUGGGGGAUGGAACGUGGCCAUCUGGAAAGAAGGUAUCAUGACUGGACCCCUCCUCCAGUCGUCUUGUGCACCAAGAAAGUACACCUCGGGACACUGGUCCCUGACAAGGCCUGGUGUCUUCUACGUUGGCCGAGAAGAUGGAUACAUCGAUAUCUGGGACCUUCUGGAGAAAACCCACGAACCAGCCCACUCACAAAACAUCUGUAUAACUAUGAUCACCUACAUCAAACCCUGGACCUUUUCUGCUAAACAGCAAUUUAUGGCCGUAGCCGAUUAUUAUGGAACACUGCAUAUAUUAGAAAUCCCUUGGACAUUAAGUCACCCUUCUGGCAAUGAGGUAUCAAGUAUAAGCCACUAUUUUGAGAGAGAAGUCAAGCACCUAGAUUAUGUAGAACAGCGCAAAAAAAUUCGUGAACAAGAAAAGAAAGAAAUGGAGCUGGAAAAAGAGAAGAAAAAAGUCAAAACGUAUCAGAAGACAAAAGAACAAUUGGAGGCUGAACUGAAAAUGGACUAUGAGAAUUAUUUGGAACUGGAAAAGACCGUCCUCAUCAAUCUUGGCCUACUCAAAGCGACAGACACGAUGCCAUUCAUGGACGUGAUGAAGGAAACCUUCCUGUAGGGGUGUUCUGGAGGCUUUGUGGGACUUCUUUUUUGUUUAUUAUUUUUUUAAUGUAAAGUGGACUAGCAAACUGAACAUAGAAUAGGUGUAUUUAUAAAUACUAGGUUUUUAUUUCACUGCUAUUAAAACUUUUGAAUU